AUGUUGGUCCGCCUUGGCAGCCGGUGGUUGCGGCCGCUGCCUGCCCUGAAGCGCGGGGCCUGCCACCCGCCGCUUGCGCCAACCCCAAAGGGCGGUGCCGAGCCCCCUGCUCUGCCAGUGUGGGUGGGGGCUUCAGUCUCUGUGCUUGGCUCUGGAAGCGGCGGCGGCGGCUGGUACGAGACUCUGGCUGCAUCUGCGCCAGUGCGGGGCGCAGAGGAAGUGCUACUUAGCGUGCAUGCCGCCACGGGCCUGCCCUGGUGGGGCAGCAUCCUCCUCACCACCGUGGCCAUGCGCGGCGUAGUUACGCUGCCGUUGGCGGUCUACCAGCACUACAUCCUAGCCAAGGUGGAAAAUUUGCAGCCAGAAAUAAAAAAUAUUGCCAGGCAUCUUAACCAAGAAGUUGCAGUUCAUGCAAAUCAGUUGGGAUGGUCCAAAAGAGUUGCCAGGCUUACAUACCUAAAGAAUAUGCGGAGGCUUGUUUCACAGCUGUAUGUGCGGGAUAACUGCCACCCUUUCAAAGCCACUGUGUUGGUCUGGAUUCAGCUUCCAAUGUGGAUUUUUAUAUCUGUUGCCCUCCGGAAUUUUAGUCUGGGGGCAGCACAUUCAGAAGCAGGUUUUUCUGUUCAGGAGCAGUUAGCUACUGGUGGGCUUCUAUGGUUUCCUGACCUUACUGCACUGGAUUCCACUUGGAUUCUGCCUGUGUCCAUUGGUGUCAUCAAUUUAUUAAUAGUGGAGAUUUUUGCUCUGCAGAAAAUUGGAAUGUCUCGUUUUCAGAAGUAUGUUACAUACUUUGUCCGUGGAAUAUCAGUGUUGAUGAUUCCAGUUGCUGCAACAGUACCCUCAUCGAUUGCUCUCUACUGGUUGUGCUCCAGCUUCAUGGGCCUCUCACAGAACCUGCUGUUGCGUUCUCCUGGAUUUCGCCAACUUUGCCGAAUACCAGUGACCAAGUCAGAUUCACAUACUCCUUAUAAGGACCUCUUUGCUGCCUUUCAUGCCAAGUUGUUUUCAAGAAAAUGACAUACUCUUUAUUAAUUUUUAAA